AUGCUUCCUGUGAGUGGCACAGCGACGAGGGACGGCAGCAGAAGCGGCAGUGACUUCAGUAUCGCGUUUGUCAAUGGACCGAUUACGUUCAGCAGCGAAGAGGGCGUGCUGUACGCGAGGCUUUUCCAUAUUGUGGAUACAGAUGCAGAUGGCUACAUUGGAGGGAUCGAAGGAGCGGCGUUUAUCCGCCGGGCGAGACUCGUGAAUGAUGCGAAUCGAGAAAUCUGGAGGCUGGCAAGUGGCGGAAAGUCGCAGGAGAAGCUGAACAAGGACUGCUGGUUUGUAGCGAUGAAGCUCGUGGCGUUGGUACAGAGUACCGGUAAAUGCCAAAUGCAGUGUCUCUACUUGGGAGAGACGAUGCCGCUCGCAAACUUCCAGCUCGAGCAGCCAGUGGACAAUGUGCUACCGGAAAAGACGAUGCCGGACUUUGAACGAUCUUUUGUCGUGUCUGUGAGCACUCCCGUGAUUGUUGGGUCAGGGUACUCUCGCUAUACACAGUAUGUGAUCUCAACGAAGACAAACUGCUUGCACUUUCCUUGUACUGCGGCGCAGGUCAAGCGCCGGUUUAGUGACUUUGAAUGGUUGCAUCAGCGGUUGUUAGUGCACUUUCGAGGUACCAUCAUACCGCCGCUGCCGGAGAAGCGCUGGACUGGAAACAUGGAUGCGACGUUUGUCGAAGAACGGCGCCAGGCUUUAGAGCACUUUAUUAAUGAAGUUUGCAGUCACGAAAAGCUUUCGCAAACGCUUGAGUUGCAGAUUGUCCUCACUGCUAGCACUGAGGGUCUCAUAGCUGGUAAAGAGCUGUUAAAGGUGGCCUCCCUUGCUGCCGCGUAUGUCCCUACACCUGCUUCUGUCAGCUCUUUGUGGGGCUGUUUGAAAGAUGGCGUGUUUCUAUCCUCAAAUAUGCAGCAAGUUGAGAUCAAGACCGAUGAUGACUACGCAAAGAUUGGCCAGCAUAUCAAUGAGUAUGAUAAGCGAAUUCGAGAGGUUACGCGCUGCUCCGAUGUUGUCUAUGCUGCUCAACGAAGCGAAGGGUAUGAAUUGUCGCGGUUUGGCACCUAUUUAUCGGCUCUGUCCGAGCAUGAGCAGAAAGAUUCGGACAUGAAGCAGCUCGCUGAGGUCGCUGGCGACCAUUUUGAGACCGUAUCAAAUAUCUAUCAAGAUCAGCUCGACAAGUUGCUGUCAAUGUAUGUGUCAAUCGUGAGGUACCAGGCGGGUAAAGUGGACGCUGUCAAGACUGUUAUGCACAAUCGCGAGUCAGCUAUCCAUGAGGUUCAACAAGCAAAUGCGAGCAUGCAACGCAACAAAGAGAGAUUUGCGGCUGCACGGGCGAGUAGUGGGGCAGCCGCAUCAGCCAUGCGAGCAGAGCAAAAAAUGGCUUCGGCGGAGGAUCGCAUGAACGAGGCUAAAGAGCAGGUCCAAUUUAUCGCGAACAGUCUGAAAGUGGAAUCAAAGCGGAUGGGUACCGGGAGGACUGCAAAUCUGAAGACAGCAUUGCUUUCGCUGGCAAAUUUGGAGCAUGAUUAUCACGUACAAUCCAAAGCAGCGUGGAAAGGUUUACGGUCGUUUCUCGAGUUGAGCGAAGUCGAGGUUGCUGCCAGUCAGCAGCGCGCUCGAGCCCCGAUUACGUAUAGAAGACCAGGCGAGAAAGACGUAGGUCAAAUCAUCGGUCUGUUGUAA